UUCCAACGCUCUUCGCUCCUACAGACGUUAAAGAAAUAUGAAAUUUAGGACUUUGUUCCAGCCUAUCAAUUGCCUAAGUGCUACAAUGCCAAAAAAAGAGCUGAAUACAUAAUCUAUGAUGAAUUAUACUUAGUAAUUUUAGCUGCAGGUAAUGGGCACUUUACGGAGCAGACGGAAUGUUUCUUCCGUCAGAAGCCAUAAAUCAAGCGCUUCCUUAAUCAGAGCGGCAGAAGAGGAGAGAACAUGACUCCGAAGGAGUGAUGAAUGUAAAGAAGGAGUGGGAGGGAGGAAGAGUGAACACUUUGUCCUGUAAGUGAAGCUUGCAGUAGGCAGGCAGAGUAAUGUUAGAGAUGGACGUUGUGUGUGGUCCUGUCUUAAUCCCCACACGUACUGGACGGUCGGUCCGCUCUAAAGACUUGGCAAGUGCACUUCUGUUCUGCUUUUCUGUCAAUUAUCAAUAAGCUCAGGAUGUGUUAAGAGCGCAGGGUUAGCGGGGGGCACCUGCCGAGGAACCUGAACACCUCUACAGUGUGGAGAGCUGCGUAGUGUCUCUAUCACUCAACACCCAGAAAUAAAAUAGCGAGAAUGACGGAGCCACGAAAAAUGGCGAGAGCAAAACUGGUGCUGCUAGGACGAGAGAACUGUGGAAAGACGGCACUGUGUGUGAGAUUCAUCACUAAGCGCUUCAUUGGGGAGUAUGACCAUAAAAAGGAGGUGACCUACAGGUGCCGCAAAACAGUGGACAAGGAAGCGAUCGACUUGGAGAUUUUGGACACAGUUAAUAAGGAGUGUGUUGGACCUGGCACCACUAGUCUCGAGAACGCUAUUAAAUGGGGCGACGGCUUUCUGAUCGUGUACUCAGUGACGGACCGGAGCAGCUUCGAGGCAGUCGCGCGGCUCAAGAGGCUCAUCGAUCACAUCAGACAGAGCCUGGGAAUCCCCACAGUGAUUGUAGCAAAUAAGAAUGACAUUGAGAAUGGACGUGUCGUUAGGACAGAAGAGGGACAGGCUUUGGCCAGAGACCUGAGGUGUAGUUUUUUUGAGCUCUCCGUAGCAGAGUGCUCCUCAGCAGUGGAGGCAGCCUUCAGCCAGCUGAUCAGUGAGGUCCGGGUGGAGUUCCAUCGCCACAUGUUAGUCAUGGACAAGCGUUCGCGCAUGCUUCAGAUGCGGCAUGCACUCAAGAAUAAACUUACUCGCAGCAAAACCAUGCAGUGGUGAUCCGGCUAAGAAGAAGGUGUUCUGUUACAUGUCUACAGUAGGUCGACUCGAAACCAGAUCACUUCCAUAUCCUCGAGUACGAAAAACGACUGGACUUGUUUAACGGCAUGAAAAUGAUUAGCUUAGUCGCCAGGUUAUUGGGACUCCUUCACUCUUUGGGUCGUCUACCAUAUAGAUGCUCUUUGGUUCUAUAACUACUGACUUUGGAUCAACAUUGGACCACCGUUGACAUUAUUUGGAUGUUGGACCAACGCUGUGGGAAUUGAAGUCAUUAAAGUGUCCUCGAAAACAGUAAAAACAAUAAUCAAACUGUUUGAACAAGUGGAAAAAAAUAACACGUCAAUACGCUGAUAUGAGCUAUGGAGAAGUUAACACACUCACGGCCACGUUGGAAGUUUCAAAAUGAGUCCUGCCAUCAUGUCGAGAAAGAUAUGUGCAAAUAAAAUCCUCACUCCAGGGAAAUAUUAAAGAAAGGGAUGCACUGUAGUGGUCUAGUGAAGAAAUAUACGAGAACUUUCACAGCUUUAUUUGACUGGUUCCUCUUCUUCAGUGUUGGUGAGUAGAAAUGUCAGGCGGAAUACAUUCAUACAAGCAGCAAAAACAUGCAGUUCUGCUUGAUCUGGGACAAAUCUCUUAUUCCGUUCCUUAUACUGUAAGCCUCGUAUACUGUACAGUAGAAGUGAGGUGGUCCAGGAGAACAAUUUGGAUUCUAUUGUGAAUGCAUUCUUCCAGAAGAGAGGAAAUUUUGCUUUUGGGGAAAAUUUUUAUAUUUCUUAGCACAAUUUGACUGUAUGAAUGCAAGAAACCAUAAAAAUCUAUUUCAUCAAAAUACUUACAUGUGUUACCUUUAAAUGUGUUUAUGAAAAUCAUUGAAAAAUCAUUGAAUUUAGAAAUUGUGUUUUCCAAACCUGAAAAAGACAGAAAAUAAAAUGUAUCAGAAAGCUUGGAAAGGUCAUUUAAAGCGCUUUAUUAAUGUUGAAGGCUUUUGAGUGUGCAUCCCUGUUUGGCUUCUGUCCGAUAGCUCUUAUAAUCUGCCCAGUUAGACACCCAGGUUUGGUGGAUAUGUUGUAGACUUGAGCGUUUUGGCGUCUCUGUGCACCGAGCGAGGAAAAAAAAAUAGCAUGGAUGCUAAAAGUAACGCCCUGACAUUAGCAUGUAGACAGUAUGCAUACUAUAUACUCUAUACUUGGCGAGGGUGUAAAGGUUUUAAAGCUCAACCCUAAUAUGUAAUGUAGCAACCAAAUAAAUAGCUGACUAAUACACUUACAAAGUAUAGCUCAUAAUUUCUUUAGUUAUGUCGAGGGAUAAAAAUGUUUUGGAGGAAAGAGAUGGGAAAUUGGUCCUCCUAUUUAAGAUCUAUGAUUUCUUUAGCCUUGAAUACAGCAUAUAUUGGAGAGAUGGAGUUAUAAGAGAGACCUACUGUAGGACACACUCACACAAAUGAAAAGCAAUGAUCUGUCAAAUUUGUCCUCGUAUUUUUCUAUUUGUAUCAAACUGUUCUUCUUUAAAUAAAGCU